AUGUUCCAUACAUUCGAAGGGUUCGAAAAUCCGGCGGGCUCGACCGUCUCUCGGGGCCGUAAUGAACGCCAGCAGUCAGUCGGUCGGCGAGUCACCACCUUGAGAGCCUGCACUUCUUGCCGACAUCGCAAGAUCAAGUGCGAUGGUGAGAAACCAUGUGAAGCAUGCAGAUGGUACAAGAAGGCAGAACUCUGUCAUUACUCGGACCCUCGUCCUUCUCGCCGACAUGUAGAAAAAUUGUCCACCACGUUGGACGAAUAUCGAGGCGUGCUGGAGAAGCUCUUCCCGAACAUGUCGCCCGAGGCGCUAUUCAACCUACCCCGUGAGAAGUUGCUGGAGAUGACCACCACAGGCGCAACAGCCCAUGGCCAAGUCCAGGGAGCGCAUCCAGCUUCGCCUGCCACCUCCGCCUCGGUAGAGGCUCAUGUCUCGCCCAUGUCCAACGAGGAUACGAAUCUCGAGUCUCUUCAAACCAUGCCGGAUGAGUCCAGUGAGGCCAGGAACUCAGCCAACAGCGAAGCCACCAAUGGCAUCUCCGAUGAUGUCAACGGACUGUCGCUGUCGGCACGGCAGCCCUCCUCCUAUCUCGGAGUGUCCUCCAUCAACGCAGUCCUCAAGGUUAUCGUCUGGCUGGACCCGGGCUCAGUAACCUAUUUCUCCCGCACUCCUGCCAUGGGCGCUCGACGAGGGUCUAUCGUGGACCUUUCAGCCCCGGAAGCACAGAACUGGCCGGUCCAGGCCGGGCAGCAGCAACAGCCGGUUACUCCCCCGCAACAGGUACCAGUCACGGACGUGCAGAUGCUGGAUGCGUACUUUACAUAUAUUCAACCAUUCAUUCCUAUGUUGGACGAACAGUCCUUCCGGGAAACCUACAUGUCUGGCCAGCGGAAAGAUGAUCAAUGGCUUGCCUUGUUGAACGUCGUAUUUGCCAUGGGCAGCAUCGCGGCCUGUCCCUCGGAUGAUACGACCCACCAAACGUACUACCAACGCGCUAAGGGCUAUUUGAAUCUGGAGUGUCUUGGCUCGUCGCAUCUGGAGACGAUUCAGGCGUUGGGUCUCCUGGGCGGAUAUUAUCUGCACUACGUCAGCCAGCCCAAUUUGGCGUAUUCGCUCAUGGGCGCAGCUCUCCGCAUGGCGGCGGCCCUGGGCCUGCACAAGGAGUUCACCGAAGGCCAGGAUGCAAAUAACAAGCAGAAAGUGUCGUCCAUGGACCUCAAACGCCGCAUCUGGUGGUCUUUGUUUUGUCUCGAUACUUGGGGUGGCAUGACGCUGGGCCGACCCAGCAUGGGACGCUUCGGGCCCACCAUCACCGUGAAACUGCCCCAUCAUCGGGAGAAUGGGAAUGUAUUGGACAUCCUUCCCCUCUUGGAGAAUGUCCGGUUCUGCAAGAUUGCGACCCAGAUCCAAGAGGUCCUAGCGGUCACUCCUCUCACCAGAUAUCAGGACAUUACCCACUUCGACAACCAGCUCUUGGACUGGUAUGAAAACCUUCCAUACAUCCUCAAAGACCAUCAACCAUGCUCGGAGUCGAUUACGAUCGCGCGGACGGUAAUGAAGUGGCGAUACGCCAAUCAACGCAUGCUUCUCUACCGCCCAACGCUGCUGAGCUACGCUCUCCGGCGCGUACCAUACAUCGCCCUCCGCUCCGAAGAGCGAACUGCGAUCGAGCGAUGCAGAGAGAUUGCAGAGGAGGCCAUUCAGGACAUCUCGUCCACGGCACAGUCCCACCAGAUGUCAGGCUGGAACGCCGUGUGGCUGAUUUUCCAGGCGGUGAUGGUCCCUCUGCUGGGGCUGUACCUUAACGACAGCACCAACAACGACCCGCGCGCAACCGUCGAGUCGUGUCAGGCGCAGGUCGAAACGGCGAUGCUCGUGCUGGCGCGACUUCAGCCGUGGAGCCCCACGGCGAGACGCACCCUCGACGCCGUUUCCCGCAUCCUCGAGGCCAGUAAACGCGGCCCCGACCCCAUGAUCAACGACGCCGGCAAUAUGCCCAAUGGCAAUCCAUGUCCCACCUCGGUGCCUGGGGCGGCACCCAGCAUCCUCCUCUCCCAGCAUGAGCUUCCUCGCGGAAUGAACCUGGACAGCGGGUUCGCAGAUUCCAUGGCGCCGGCCUUUAUGGACGAUUCUGCUGGCCAGCAUCUGUGGGACUUCCUCAGCUGGAGCGACAACAGCCUGUGGCCUGGAGUGACGGAGCUGGACGGCACCGUGGAGGAUAUUUUGAUGAUGCCCGACGACAAGGGCGCGAAAUUUGGCAACGGGCCCUCGGCGUUCUUCGGCAACCCGAUGGGCGAGCCAACCUACUAUGCCAACACGGCGCUGCCGUUUUAUUAG